AUGUCUGGAAUAAAUGGAGCAUUAGUGGAAGAUAUAAAGCCCGAUUAUAGUGGAGUACCCGGUCCUGCAUUGGACUCGGUGAGGAUGAGACUCGCCCAGUUGACACACUCGUUGCGUCGUAUCCGAGACGAUCUUUCAAGAGCUGAUUUGACUCAGUGGUAUUCUCUGCAGUCUCAGAUCAAUGUGACAUUAUCGCAGCUUAUGUCUGUGACAUCUACAUUACAACAUUUCGAAGAUACACUGGACUCAACAAUAGUAUACCCUUUACCAAAGUUCCCUACUACAUCUCAUGAAAGUCUACUGACUACAUUACUAAGAAAAAAGAACAUACCUGAAGUAGAGGAAUGGAUUAAAGAUGCCAUUGAAGCUUCAGGUGUGGAUACGAAUAUGAUGCGUGAUGAUGAAAUUGAGAAAAUACUGGAAAAGAACAACGAGGACUCUAAAUGGGCUUUAGAAGUAUUUGCCAAGGAGUUUGAAAAGCGUGAAUCUAAUGGGGAUACCGCUGACGACUUAGACGUGUUGGGGAAUGCAUUAAAACCUGUGAAGACGUCAGUACGACAAAGAGCACAGAGUCCAUUCCAAGUCGAAGAUGUCCUAAAAUAUAUGUCAAGAGGAGAAGUUGAUCGUGGUAGCAGUUCGCAGGAAGGACUUUCUACAAAUAACGAACAAUCUGGUGACAAAGACAUCAUUAUGGCAGAUUAA